AUGGCGAUAGCACGCCAGUUUGGAUUAACUAUUGUGGAAGAAACUACCUUCAGCAGCGUUGGGGGUGUGGGGAGAACUGACUUCAGCAGGUGGUGUGUGGGGAGGAACUACCUUCAGCAGAAACGUCAGAUCCUGGUGACUCUCGUGGAGAUCGCCCUGCCCCUGCUCUUCUCGUGCAUCCUCAUCGUGCUGCGCGAGAAUGUGCCCUUCAAGGACUACCCCAACGCCACGCUCUACCAGAGCUUCUCUGUGGAUGGCCUGCAGUACCCACUGGACAACUACCAUCACUACCAGUUGGCCUACGUGCCAGGCAAYGCCAGUGUGGUGCGGCGGGUGGCGGAGGACGUGCAGCGCAGCCUGGACCCCGUCAUCAGUUCAGUGCAUGGGUUUGAGACAGAGGAGCAGUUUGAGGACUUUGUGAGGAAGGACCCUCAGUCUCGGAAGGUUCUGGCUGCUGUGGUGUUUGAGCACUCCUUCGCUCACGAUGACGAGCCACUGCCCCAACAGGUCAGCUACCACCUGCGGUUCAGCUUUAGUCCCCGUAAUGCCCCGGCCAAGGAGAAGUCUGAGCUAAACAUCAACAAUGACUUUGACUGGCACACCCUCAACUUGUUCCCCCUCUUCCAACUGCCCGGCCCAGGGAGCAGUACGACCUCCAGGGGGCACACCUGGGCAACAGUGUUUGGUUACUUCCGCGAGGGCUUCCUGGCAGUGCAGCAUGCGGUCAACCAGGCCAUCAUGCGUUCCUAUAACAGCACAGGAGCAGCCUGGCUCCUCUCCCACACCCGGGUGGUCCUCCGCCGAUUCCCCUUCCCGCCGUUCAUCUACGACGUGUUCAUCCUGGCCAUCCAGAACCAGCUGCCCCUCCUCCUGGUGCUCAGCCUCACCUAUACCUCCCUGAACAUCGUGAGGGCCGUGGUGCAGGAGAAGGAGAGGAAGCUCAAGGAGUACAUGCGGAUGAUGGGCCUCAGUAACUGGCUGCACUGGACGGCCUGGUUCCUCAUGUUCUUCCUCUUCCUCGCCAUUUCCAUGUUCUUCGUCACGCUGCUCUUCUGCAUCAAGGUGAGCCCUAAUGGAGCUGUGUUGACCUAUAGUGACCCCACCCUGGUCUUUGUCUUCCUGCUUGUCUUCGCCGUGGCAACCAUCAACUUCAGCUUCAUGAUCAGUGCCUUCUUCUCAAGAGCCAAUGUGGCGGCGGCGGCGGGCGGCUUCAUCUACUUCCUGUCCUACCCGUAUGUGUUUCUAUGGCCUCGCUACGACCUGCUGCGCACGCCCAGAAGGUGUCUGCCUGCCUCAUCUCAAUGUGGCCAUGGCAUGGGAGCGCAGCUACUGGGCAUGUUUGAGGGCAAAGGCACGGGGAUCCAGUGGUGUAACCUGUUUGAGUCGGUGACGGUGGACGAUGACUUCUCUGCCCAGGUGCUGGGGCUGCUGCUGCUGGAUGCCCUGCUCUAUGGCCUGGUGGCCUGGUAUGUGGAGGGGGGAGUACGGAGCCCCCCCCCUGCCUGCUACUUCUUCCUACUGCCGUCCUACUGGUGCAGCAGCCCCCGCAUGGCCAUGGUGAAGGAAGAGGAAGACGUGGAGAAGGCUCUGAAGGGAGAGUUCAUCGAGGAGGAGCCAGCUGGACUGGUCUCAGGAGUCAAGAUCAAACACCUGAACAAGGAGUUCAAAGUGGGUAACAAGACGCGGCAGGCUGUCAAGGAUCUGACGGUGAACAUGUUCGAGGGCCAGAUCACAGUUCUGCUGGGGCACAACGGAGCGGGAACCACCACACUGUCCAUGCUGACAGGUCUGUUUCCUCCCAGCAGUGGCAGGGCCUACAUUAACGGCUAUGACAUCUGUCAGGACAUGGCUCUCAUUCGCCACAGCCUGGGCCUGUGUCCGCAGCACGACGUGUCUUUUGACUACCUCACUGUUCGGGAGCACCUGCUAUUCUACACACAGCUGAAAGGGUAUUCCCAGGAGAAGAUUCCAGCUGAGGUGGACCGGAUCAUCAGGAUCCUGAACCUGGAGGACAAGCGGCAUUCCCACUCCAAGACUCUGUCAGGUGGGAUGAAAAGGAAACUAUCCAUCGGCAUCGGCUCUAUCGGAGACUCCAAGGUGGUGAUGUUGGAUGAGCCCACGUCGGGCAUGGACCCGUCGGCGCGGCGGGCCACCUGGGACCUGCUUCAGGGCGAGAAGCGCGGGCGCACCAUCCUGCUGACUACGCACUUCAUGGACGAGGCCGACCUGCUGGGAGACCGUAUUAUCAUCAUGGCUGGGGGAGAGCUGCAGUGCUGCGGCUCGCCGCUGUUUCUCAAGAACAAAUAUGGUGCUGGCUACCACAUGGUGAUCGUGAAGGACGCGCUGUGCAASGUGUCUGAGAUCACACGUCUGGUCCACAUGUACGUUCCCAAUGCCACGCUGGAGAGCAGUGCUGGGGCUGAGCUCUCAUACAUUCUCCCCAAAGAGAGCACCAACCGGUUUGAGCUGCUGUUUGCAGAGCUGGAGAUGAACAGAGAGGAGCUGGGCAUCGCCAGCUAUGGGCCUCGGUCACCACCAUGGAGGGAAGUAUAUAUUCAAGUGGGGAAGCUGGUGGAUUCUAGCCUGGACAUCCAGGCCAUCCAGCUGCCGGCGCUGCAGUACCAACACGAGAGACGCUCCCACGACUGGACCAUGGAUGACACCAGCAGCUACAGCGGCAUGACGGACGUCACCGACUUCACUGACAGCGGCACKCUCAUCUCCGAGGACUGCUCCAACAUCAAGCUCAACACCGGGGCCAGACUGUACAUGCAGCAGUUCUAUGCCAUGUUCCUGAAGCGGGCGCUCUAUAGCUGGAGGAACUGGAAGGUGAUUGUGGCCCAGUUCCUGGUGCCCCUGGUGUUCACUGUGCUGGCCYUGGUGGUGGCAAAGACCUUCCCCGGGCGCUACGACUCACCGCAGCUGAGGCUGGCACUGGGCCGCUAUGGCCCCACCACUGUGCCCGUGGCCCUGGAGCCCGGCAAGGGACCGCUGGCAAUCGCCCUGGCACAGGUGUAUUCCUCGCAAUUGGCCGCCCAGAAAGCCCAGAAUGUCAAUAUUAGCGACUUCACGGAGUACGUGCUCACCAAGACCGAGGAGGAGGGCGGGGCAUUCAACGAGCGCUGCGUGGUGGGUGCAUCGUUCAACUUCACGGAGUACGUGCUCACCAAGACCGAGGAGGAGGGCGGGGCAUUCAACGAGCGCUGCGUGGUGGGUGCAUCGUUCAGCGGCGGCACGGGGAAGAUCGCCGAGGUCACGGCCUACUUCAAUAACCAGGGCUACCACACGGCCGCUACAGCCCUGAUGAUGGUGGACAACACCCUGUUCAAAAUGCUGGCCGGGCCCAACGCAUCGAUUAUGACGGGAAACAUGCCCAUGCCCCGCAACAUCUCCGAGAGCGCCCAGAGUCAGCUGACAGAAGGUCAGACGGGCUUCGCCAUCGCCAUCAACCUGAUGUUAUGGCAUGGCAUCCCUGUCCAGUCCUUCGCCCUGCUCCUGGUCACAGAGCGUUCACUCAAGUCCAAGCACGUACAGCAGGUCAGCGGCGUCUACCUCUCCAACUUCUGGUUCUCUGCACUGCUCUGGGACCUGGUCAACUUCUUCCUGCCCUGCAUGCUCAUGCUGGUGGUGUUCCGGGCGUUUGGGGUCAAGGCCUUCAUAGCGGACAACCACCUGGUUGAUGUGUUAUUAAUCCUGCUGCUAUAUGGCUGGGCCGUCAUCCCCCUCAUGUACUUGCUCAGCUUCCUGUUCUCCACCGCUGCCACCGCCUACACCCGCCUCACCAUCUUCAACAUCAUCAGCGGCACCGCCACCUUCCUCACYGUCACCAUCAUGACCAUCCCAGAGCUAAAUCUACAGGACCUGUCUUGUAACCUGGACAAGGUGUUUCUGCUCUUCCCUAACUACUGCCUGGGCAUGUCCUUCAGCCAGUUCUACCAGAACUACCAGUUCAUCACCUUCUGCACCUCUAACCCCGUGACCACGGCCUUCUGCCGAUUCUGGAACAUCACGUACCAGGAGAACUACUUCUCCAUGUCGGAGCCGGGGGUGGGGCGUUUCCUGGUGGCCCUGUCCCUGCAGGGUGUAGUCUUCAUCACCCUCCUAUUGUAUACAGCAGUGGAGAAACAGUACUGGCGGUAGACAGACUCUCUCUAGCAGUGGGGAAAGGAGAGUGUUUUGGCCUGCUGGGUUUCAAUGGAGCAGGGAAGACCACCACYUUCAAGAUGCUCACCGGGGACGAGACUGUCACCUCUGGCGAUGCCUACAUUGACGGCUACAGCAUUCUGAGGGAUGUCAAGAAGGUACAGCAGCGGAUUGGCUAUUGCCCGCAGUUCGACGCUGUCCUGGAUCACAUGACAGGAAGAGAAACGCUGAGCAUGUACGCUAGGCUCCGGGGGAUACCAGAGAAAUACGUGUCGGGCUGCGUGGAGAACGUGCUACGGUCCUUACUACUGGAGCCCCAUAUGCUGAAUAACUAGGCCCGCGCUACAGGUAACGGGGGCAAUAAGAGGAAGCUGAGUGCGGCUGUGGCUCUGAUUGGUGGACCCCCGGUCAUCUUCCUGGACGAGCCGUCCACUGGCAUGGACCCGGUUGCUAGGCGACUGCUGUGGGACGCUGUGACGCGCACCCGGGAGUCUGGAAAGGCCAUCAUCAUCACUUCUCACAGUAUGGAGGAAUGCGAGGCCCUGUGUACCCGGCUGGCUGUGAUGGUGAACGGUCAGUUUAAGUGUCUGGGCAGUCCCCAGCAUCUGAAGAGUAAGUUUGGCAGCGGCUACACACUACUGGCUAAAGUACGAGUGGACAAGGAGGUGGAGGAUAGCGACCUGCAACUCUUCAAGGACUUCAUCGAGAGCACCUUCCCAGGAAGUCUACUAACAGAUGAACACCAGGGCAUGGUGCACUACCACUUAACUGACAAGACUCUUACCUGGGCACAGGUGUUUGGCACCCUGGAGGCAGCCAAAGAGAAGUACAACAUCGGAUACGCUGUGAGCCAGAUCUCCUGGAACAGGUGUUCUCAGCUUCGCCAGUUCCAGCACUGCAGCAGGAAAUAG